UCCAGCGAAUAAAUAUUAUCUGGAGAGUUCGAGGCAAAGAUAAAUACUAAGCUCUUUGUCUCUCCUCUCCCUAUAUAUGUAAAAAAUAUAUAUGCUGGUUUUAUCUCUAUUAAAAUAAAGAAAAACAAAAACCCAAAAAUAGAGAUUUUAUUCCAUCUUUAUAAAUCAGUUUUUAUCUCGGAGGGUAAUUUUUAUUCAUAUAAAAACGAAAAUAUAAAUAAUUAUAUAAAAAAAGGCAAAAAUGUCGACAAUUCAACCAAAUAACUCUAAGAUUACCGUGUAUGUGGUAUCAUGUUGGAUCUUUGCUGCCUUUGGAGGGCUUAUGUUUGGUUAUGAUAUUGGUAUUUCAGGUGGAGUGUCUGGUAUGGAUGAUUUCCUGCUUAAAUUUUUCCCAAAUGUUUACGAAAGGAAGCUUCACGCAAAGGAGAAUAACUAUUGUAAAUAUGAUGAUCAACUUCUUCAGCUAUUCACCUCAUCAUUGUAUCUAUCAGCUUUGGUUUCGAGUUUCUUUGCAUCCAAGGCGUGUUCAGCUUUAGGACGUAGGCCUACCAUCUUCAUGGCUUCCCUUUUCUUCAUCGCUGGGGCUAUUAUAAGUGCUGCCUCAGAACACAGAUGGAUGCUCAUUGUUGGUAGAAUAUUGUUUGGUGUUGGUGUUGGUUUCGGAAAUGAGACUGUUCCUCUGUUUUUGACAGAAGUGGCACCCAUCCAACUCAGAGGAGCUGUUAACAUUAUGUUCCAACUUUUCGUAACGAUUGGAAUAUUCAUAGCAAAUCUUGUGAAUUAUGCUACAUCGAACAUGCACCCCAACGGGUGGAGGGUGUCACUUGGCCUGGCAGCGGUUCCAGCUUUCAUGCUGCUAAUUGGUUGCUUCGUUAUCACUGACACUCCUGCCAGUUUAAUUGAACGUGGCAAAGACGAACAGGGCAAAGCUGCACUAAAGAAAGUUAGAGGGGUUGAUGAUGUUGAAGUUGAAUUUAAGGAAAUCGUUGCUGCUUGUGAACAAGCUAAAGCUGUGAAACAUCCAUUCAGAAACCUAUUGAAAUCUGCCAGUAUCCCACCCCUUGUUAUUGCUAUAUUGUUGCAGGUUUUCCAACAAUUCACUGGAAUUAACGCCAUUAUGUUCUACGCACCUGUCCUGUUCCAGACCAUGGGAUUCAAAUCCGAUGGUGCACUUUUAUCCGCUGUCAUUACUGGACUUGUUAAUGUUGGAGCCACAUUUGUUUCCAUCUACGCCGUUGACAAGGUUGGAAGGAGAAAAUUACUCCUCCAAGCUUGUUGCCAAAUGUUGAUCUCUCAAUUGGCAAUUGGUAUCAUCUUAUCCGUCAGUUUGAAGGAAACAGGAACCUUGGACAGGACACUAGCAGCAGUGGUUGUGAUCCUUGUGUGCACAUAUGUUAUGUCAUUUGCUUGGUCAUGGGGACCUCUAGGAUGGUUGAUUCCAAGUGAAACAUUCCCAAUGGAAACAAGAACAGCCGGUUUCGCAUUUGCAGUGAGCACAAACAUGCUUUUCACUUCAAUCAUUGCUCAAGCAUUCUUAACAAUGCUUUGCAAAAUGCAAGCAAACAUAUUCUUCUUCUUCUCUGGAUGGAUCGUCGUUAUGGGACUAUUCGUAGUCUUCUUAGUACCAGAGACUAAGGGAGUUCCCAUUGAUGGAAUGGUUGAUGUGUGGAAGAGCCAUCCAGUAUGGAAGAGAUGCUUCAAGAAUGAAUAAGUAAAAUCACAAGAUUUAAUUGAUGAUAAUACAAUUUUUCAUAUAUAUAUAAUAUGUUAUAUGUAUGUAAAAAUAAUUAAGUACCUCCAGCCCUCUACCCUCCUAUAUUUAAAAUUGGUUUUGAAGUCUUUGGUUUGUGAUCUAGCGCUUAAGUUUAUGGCAAUUAUUGCCUACAGUCCCUAUCCCACUAUCAAUUGUAAAUUUAUUUUUAUUUUUAUUUUUCCCUUUUAUAAUAAUUCCUAAGUAUUUUGCUUC